GGAUUAUGCAACUAUAAAAUUAGUGGCAUUAAAAUUUUUUAUUUUUUUUUUUUGUUAUAGCGAGGAAAUUUAGUGCGGAACAAAAAAAAUUGUGAUGAGAUAUCAGAGACGAGAAUGGUAUAUGACUAAAGUGAUAUAGAAUAUCGAGUCUAGCAAUGAGUAGGAGGAAAGAAAUAAAGGAGAAGGAAGAACUUCAAGCUAGGUUUCAAUAUGCAGUGUCUCAGAGCAACUCAUUGGUUCUAGAUUGGUUAAAGCCAGUAGAGGCUUCUCAUAAUACUCAAUCAGCAAGUACUGAUUCAAUUCAUGAUAGUUUUUAUAAUUUACCAAUUAUACCGAAUGGAGGAAGUUUAUCUUCAUUGAAAGACGACGAUAAUACUUUGAGUAUUGGAGAAUUCAUGAAAUCCAAUGACAAGGAGUUCAAGAACCUUAAAAAGGAUUCUGAUGCCAAUAGAGUAACUUCAAAGCCUAUGCUUGCCUUAAUGAAUAAAACAAGAGAUUCAACUAGAGAGAAGAUAAAACAGAAACAUAAUAAUAAUAAUAAUAAUAAUAACAAUUUCAGAGACAGAAGGCAACCAAACUACACCAACAAUCGAUCAAAUGUAGCUUCGGGCAAAAAAGUAGAAGAGGAUUCUGAUCUGGAUGACGAUAAGAUACUUCAAUCACGUUCAGUGAAAAAAGGUUCAAAUAUGCUUCUUGAAUCCAAAUUAAACGGUAAAAACAAGAAGAAGGGAGGUAGACCUUUCUAAUAUUAAUGAUUAAACGAAUUUAAUUUAAUGACACGGAAAAUUUUAUAUUAAGUAAAUAGAGUAGUAUUAACUUAAAAGAAAUAGAAAAGAAUA